AUGGUUUUCUCUGCUUAUCAUCCGCGGUACCUUGCUUGUAGCCAGCUGCACAAUGGCAAGUCUGAAGCUGUGAACUUGAAAACCUGGGUUUACAGCAACACUGACGGUGAGCGGCUACUGCUGUUGGAGCUGCGACGUUUGCUGCAUUGCUGCGGCAAGGUCCCCCGCUCCCAAUAUGUGCAUGAGAUCGUCAACAAAGGUUGUGGUGCUGAUGGAGAGUGGCGCAACUGCUUCGAGCUGCUGGGCUUGAGUGUGGAUGAAUGCUUAGUGAAAUCUAAGAAGGCCAGCAAAUACAGCAACAAGAACUUCAAGGGCAUGCAGCAACCGGAGUUGCUCCGGAACGAGUGGCAGAUUACUACAUUGGGGGCUCUCGCGCUUCUUUGCCAAUGGAGCAUUUCGGGAAUGCAUCGCAAUCAAGAGCGAUGCAGAUUCCUGUUUCGAAGCAUGCUUGAAGCAUCAAUCCCCGGGGACUCGAUGGCUGCAGUUCUGUCGCCAUUUUCAGACACAGGUAUUCUGCAGCGAUGUCUGCAGCGACCAGGCUUGGGAACAUGCGUUCACCUGUCCCAGGUCUUAGGUGAGCUGCCCACGGCAUCGCAUGCAAUGUCAACAGCAACCUUUUUGGACAAAACCGUGAGCUGCUUGUGCAAAGUGUGGUCUACUUCAGACAGUUGCGAAAGUGCCAAAUACUUGUGCUUGAAAGUGCUGGAGGACAUAGCGCUGCUUGUGGAACAGCAUCUUGUGGAAUUUGGACACGAGGAUGUGCUUCUGGGCAGGUCCUUGGAUCCUGCAGCAGACCGCAGGCAAGCUGUGGAUGAAGAUGUCGUGGAGGCUUUGCGGCAACAAGCCGUUGAGCACAACCUUUCACGACAGGUUCUGAACUGUGUGCACAAUGCCGCUGAUCGCACCGCAGGACUGAAGUGGCAGAAGAGAGACGCUUGUCGCUACAUCGCUAAAAGCUGGGAGGCAUUUCAGAAAGACCGGACAACUAACGUGGUUGUCGCCGUGAGUUUGGACGCUAAGCGAUUGGGGGAUCCAGGACAGGAUCUGCUUGUGGGGGCUGCUUCCAGAGACGGCGUGGGUGUCUGGUUGCCACCGCAGGACGGAAUGUCUAGCGAUGGGAAGGUUCAUGUCGGUCUUGAGGACAAGGUGCUGACAGACGAGCCUGGGGUUGCCCCAGAGUCCGAAGAAAGCGCGAAGAUCUUGCAGAGCGAGUUGUUGCGAUGGCUUGAAACAGAGGGAGCUGAGAAGGACGACAAAGGCGACGUCCUUGAAGACGAGCUAAGGCCGUAUCGUGCAGCCAACAUGCACUACAUGCUUUGCUUUGAGCACGCCGUGAAAGCUGGUACGGGCUAUUCUCUCUGCGAUUUCCUGCCGCUGCGUCGACCGCAGCGCCUGCAGCCACAUGAGCGAAGAGAGACUGUCAUCAUCGGACGGCAGCAUGGGGUUGGUCAGAAGCGUAUGGUCUUGGCAGAUACAGAAUCUGGCAAGAGGAGCUUGGAGCAUGCGAAGCAUUUGGACAGCAAUGGUGAACCAUACUUGUCUCCCAGUCUCGUGGUCUGCGUGGACCAGGGUUCCAUAGGAUGGCCUUGCGUACAGAUGGCUUUUCAAAGCCAUGGUCUCCGCGGGCUGUACUUCCACGACCCCUGGCACCGAGUGUGGAAUGAUCUGAAGGCUGCGUGCGUGUCGGCCUCUUUUUGGAGUGUUGUCAGGGAGUGCACACUGGCCAUGAACGUGCGGUCAGGGCCGUUUGAGGGCGCCGCCUUCCACGGGCAGCUGCAAAGUGCCCUGCAAGAUAUGGCGACGAAAAGCUCCUUUGACAACGUGUUUUUUGCCAACUGCUAUCCCAACAUUUGUCGGGAAUGGGGGCUGCAGGGUGCCCUUGACUACGGGAGCGAGUCUCACAUGGAGACUGUGUUCCAAAUGCUCUGCCGAGACAAGGAGCUCAAGCACAAAGGCAGCAAUGUCAAGUGGGCGAGGUGGGCGUCUUUCUUCGAUGCAGGUCAGGCGUUUCGGCCUUGCUGGAGUGCCCGCCUAUGCAUCAUGUUGUUCCAUGGCUGGCGAGAUGGCUGGUGGGCAAGUCUUUCUGAUGCACCCUUGGGCUUGCAAGAAGGCGAGGACUACGGUCUUUCAGGCCUCUUAGCUUUAAGCAAAGCUGCUGGCAGCGGUUCUGGUGCGACUUCCCGAAGCGUCAAACACAGCAACGACCAGGUCAAUCUCCUGCGCAAAGAGUGCAAGAACUCCCUGGAGAUGGCAACCCUGGUCAUGAACAACGAGGUCUUAGGUGAGCUGCCCACGGCAUCGCAUGCAAUGUCAACAGCAACCUUUUUGGACAAAACCGUGAGCUGCUUGUGCAAAGUGUGGUCUACUUCAGACAGUUGCGAAAGUGCCAAAUACUUGUGCUUGAAAGUGCUGGAGGACAUAGCGCUGCUUGUGGAACAGCAUCUUGUGGAAUUUGGACACGAGGAUGUGCUUCUGGGCAGGUCCUUGGAUCCUGCAGCAGACCGCAGGCAAGCUGUGGAUGAAGAUGUCGUGGAGGCUUUGCGGCAACAAGCCGUUGAGCACAACCUUUCACGACAGGUUCUGAACUGUGUGCACAAUGCCGCUGAUCGCACCGCAGGACUGAAGUGGCAGAAGAGAGACGCUUGUCGCUACAUCGCUAAAAGCUGGGAGGCAUUUCAGAAAGACCGGACAACUAACGUGGUUGUCGCCGUGAGUUUGGACGCUAAGCGAUUGGGGGAUCCAGGACAGGAUCUGCUUGUGGGGGCUGCUUCCAGAGACGGCGUGGGUGUCUGGUUGCCACCGCAGGUGCUGACAGACGAGCCUGGGGUUGCCCCAGAGUCCGAAGAAAGCGCGAAGAUCUUGCAGAGCGAGUUGUUGCGAUGGCUUGAAACAGAGGGAGCUGAGAAGGACGACAAAGGCGACGUCCUUGAAGACGAGCUAAGGCCGUAUCGUGCAGCCAACAUGCACUACAUGCUUUGCUUUGAGCACGCCGUGAAAGCUGGUACGGGCUAUUCUCUCUGCGAUUUCCUGCCGCUGCGUCGACCGCAGCGCCUGCAGCCACAUGAGCGAAGAGAGACUGUCAUCAUCGGACGGCAGCAUGGGGUUGGUCAGAAGCGUAUGGUCUUGGCAGAUACAGAAUCUGGCAAGAGGAGCUUGGAGCAUGCGAAGCAUUUGGACAGCAAUGGUGAACCAUACUUGUCUCCCAGUCUCGUGGUCUGCGUGGACCAGGGUUCCAUAGGAUGGCCUUGCGUACAGAUGGCUUUUCAAAGCCAUGGUCUCCGCGGGCUGUACUUCCACGACCCCUGGCACCGAGUGUGGAAUGAUCUGAAGGCUGCGUGCGUGUCGGCCUCUUUUUGGAGUGUUGUCAGGGAGUGCACACUGGCCAUGAACGUGCGGUCAGGGCCGUUUGAGGGCGCCGCCUUCCACGGGCAGCUGCAAAGUGCCCUGCAAGAUAUGGCGACGAAAAGCUCCUUUGACAACGUGUUUUUUGCCAACUGCUAUCCCAACAUUUGUCGGGAAUGGGGGCUGCAGGGUGCCCUUGACUACGGGAGCGAGUCUCACAUGGAGACUGUGUUCCAAAUGCUCUGCCGAGACAAGGAGCUCAAGCACAAAGGCAGCAAUGUCAAGUGGGCGAGGUGGGCGUCUUUCUUCGAUGCAGGUCAGGCGUUUCGGCCUUGCUGGAGUGCCCGCCUAUGCAUCAUGUUGUUCCAUGGCUGGCGAGAUGGCUGGUGGGCAAGUCUUUCUGAUGCACCCUUGGGCUUGCAAGAAGGCGAGGACUACGGUCUUUCAGGCCUCUUAGCUUUAAGCAAAGCUGCUGGCAGCGGUUCUGGUGCGACUUCCCGAAGCGUCAAACACAGCAACGACCAGGUCAAUCUCCUGCGCAAAGAGUGCAAGAACUCCCUGGAGAUGGCAACCCUGGUCAUGAACAACGAGGUGACCCGGCGUAUGUUCAAUAUGCUACUCGAGGUCGUGGAUCCCGUUCGUAUCCGCAUGGGGAAGGACAUGAAAGCCAUGCAGGCCAGCCGCGAAGGAACUCUGCAUGUGCUAAAAGCCUGGAACCAAGGCUCUGUGAAUGCAACGUGCCGUGAAGUGUUUCAAAAGCUCCAAGACCGAGACUCGCUAGACUGGGCUGGCAUGGACUUGUCAGACGAGGCUGUCUCAACGGAAAGCCAGGCCGCAGUUGAAAACGAGUUCGCUCAGAGAAUGGCUGUGCUUGCGCGCGAGGUGUGUGCAACAAGAGCAUUCGCUAUGGGUGAGUACAGUCACGCUCCUCCAUUUCUGCUGGUCGGCCUCUUGGAAGCCGAGGCUCAGCGAGAAACUUUGGAAAAGCUGCAAUGCUUGUGGCACUGCUGUUUGCGAGUGGAAGAAUGGAGCUUGGGCGACCCUUGGUACAGGUCAUUUUUGGACAGUUUGGUGUGGCCUAACCUGACGACAGUGCGUUGUGCCUUCAUUGAUUUGGAAGAAGUGGACUGGCAAGUGACACAGAAUCUACGCAGCUACCUGUUAGACCUCUUCGGCAACAUGUCUGGGCACACCAAGAUGGUGGAGGAGGCUUUCAACCUUGCCACAGACACAACUCGUAGAACCAAGAACGGCAGAGUGGAAAAGUUGAGCUUGUGGCAAGGCCUUGCGGACUCCGACCUCUUGGUGAGUUGUCCUGGCGACAGUGCUGACACACAAGUUCCCAAAAAGCUGCCCGAGAAGCUGUUCCUGCCAGACAAGAUGGAAGGCUUCUCCCUGGGUGGCUCCAAGGGACUCAAGCAGAUGAGUUCUAAUGAGACGUGGGUGAGCUUGUCACCUGCUAACCACUCCAUGAUUUCUUGGGCAACUCGUGCUAUGCUUUCCUUGCGAGAAGACUUGAGCCUACUCAAACAGUGCUGGCAGUCCUUGUUGCCGCCCGUAGGCUGGGUGCUUGCUAGAAACCUUGACUUUCAGAACCUCACAUACGUUCUGAAGUGCACUCCAUGGGGCGUGCUUAGUUGGCCAAUGCGACCUGGCCGCUCCACUGACAAAGAUGGCAAAGUAUUCAAGUACUUCUGUCUGGAUCUUUCCGCCCAGGCCACAGUGCAGUUCUCCGUCAUCACAGACAUGUCAAAGUGGUACAUGUUGGACGCUGUCGUACGAUCUCCUGCUUUCCUGCAGUUCAGAGGACUACACAGCCUCAAGAGCAAAGGCAUCAUUUUCCAACACACUCAGUGGCGUGGGCUCUUGGAAGCUGCAGCUUCUUUGGGGUUUCGGGGGCUCACACUGCCAAACUUGCAGAAGCUUUACACCAAGCUUGGCAUCAAGCACGAAGGCAAAAGGCCUUCAACUGUCAAGGAUGUGAUCAAGUCCCUGUUGAAGCAUUGCUUUCCCGGGGAGACUGCGGAGUCUUUGGAAGCGAUGCUGGCAAAAAGGGAGAGCGCUGAACUCACGGAGCUGGGGUCCAUCAUCAACAGCGCCAAGCAUCUGGAACUUGCUGAGCAGUAUCUGGAACCAGAAGAGGUCCAGAAGUGCAAGAAAAAGCUGCAGGGCCGCAGCCGGGAUGAAGACGAGAUGCCGGACUGCACGUUGGAAGAGCUCGCCAAGAGGGCAGCGCCAUCCGGUGCUGCAGCUGAGAGCUCCGAAACGGCACAGCGGAGCAGCAAACGACAGAAGCGACGAGCAGAGCCCCUGGCAAUCGAUUGGAAGAAGAUUGAGAUUGAAAGCAUUCGCAAAUGUAUGCCUCAAGGCAAGCACGGAGCAGUCAUCGUGUCUCAAGAGCUCAAGAACGCCAGUCGUUGGCGAGUGCAGUACCCGCGUACAACACCAGGGCAUCAGAGUUUCUCGCUGGUGUACCAUGACGAGCCAAGCGAAAGGCGAAGCGUGAUAGCUUGCUUGCGAUGGGCUUGGAAAGUCCAUGGGCAGGAAGGUGGCGAGCAGUGUUAUCAGCCGUACGCGGCUCUGCCUUUCUACAGCAACGACUACUUGAUCUACUACGACCACAAUGAACUCAGGAUCAAGCCAAGAUACGACAAUGACUUUCGGUCAAUCUUCUGCGCUUGCCAUUGCAAAGGCAGUUCCCAAGGGGAAAGCAAAGAGUCUACCAAGAGCAUCUACGCCUUCGCGUCCGACAUCCACAGGUUCGAGGACGGGCAAGGCUUCAGAACGACGGGCCGAAGCGUCUGGUUUUCAGGCACCUCGGACUACGUCCAGGGCCAAGGACAAAGGAGUCAAGACCUUGGAAAAGAAGUCAAGGCCAUCAUCUUCGAGAAGCUCUUCAGCACGAUCGAGGACCUCAGCCACUCGUGGGCGUGA